AUGAACGGCGCGAUCUGGCGAAGCCUGCUGUGGAAGGAAUGGCGCGAGCACCGCUGGAAGCUGGCGGCGCUGGUGGUGGUCGUGCUUGGCUUGCAUGCUUGGGUAUUGGAUGCGACUAGGCCCGGACCUGCUCACUACGCGAACGCCUUCUGGGCGACGUUGUUUAUCGUUGUGCCGAUCGGGAGCGCCUUUGUCGCGAUAGGUCUGGCGGCUGGUGAGCAGUCGCAACGAACGGCGUCUUUCAUGAGGUCAUCGCCGGUUGAUCUCCGUGGGCUUGCGAUUGUCAAGUUACUAGUCGGCGGGGCUACGAUUGCGGCAAUAAUAAUGCUAGCCGCAGUGCUCACGCGCGCUUUAGUCGCGGCAGCGGACGCGUAUAGCUGGCAGUCCGACGCCAGCUCAUUGGAAUCGCUGGAUUCCUUAAGACAUCUCUACGAAACCGGCGGCUGGUUCUUAACCGCUCUGCUCAUCGGCGUCUCGGUCAGCAUCAGCCUGAUACUCUGGAUGGCCGCACCAGCGGUGAACAGCAAGAGCGAGGUGCGUGCAGGAGCGAUCGGGCUGAUCGUUGUCGUUGCGUGCUGGACGCUCUUAGCCUGGGGGGUGUACUUCGUGAAUAGAGACGCGGCCCCAAGUUCUGAUCAAAGAGUCGUCAUAGCGCAUCUCGCUGCGAUGAUGCCGGGCGGCAUUUGGGUAGCGCUGAUCUCGCUAGACGGCCUCGCCGGCCAGUCGUACUUGCUCUUUCCGUAUCUAGCGACGCACGUCCCGCUCGCUUGCUGGUACAUCACUCACUUUGGUCACACCGGCGACCGCGAGCGAUCGCGGCUUAGCGAUGCCGCUCCUUUGGUAGCUGCCGCUCCCGUAUGGCUUGGGCCGGCACGACGAUCGCCCCUGACGGCGUUGUUGUGGAAACACACCCGCGAGUGCGCGCCAAUCGUGCUCGCCGGCGCGAUUGGGGCUCUGGGGUUAGCGGUCACCACCAUUUGCGUGCAGUAUAGCCAGGGCAGCACGAUCGAUUUAAUGGACAUUACCAGCGAAUCCGUACUCGUAGCCUUCAUCACGCUCGGAUGCUGUGCCGGACUGGUGUGUGGCGCCGGUGUUCUUACCAGCGAACUCGAACCACGCCUGUUCACUUUCUGGCGAACACGGCCGAUCCCGAUCGACCUCUGGUUUGCCAUCGCGUUCCUUGGUGGAUUGGCGUUGCUCGUCGGCGUCUUCGGCGUGCCGGUCGCUGUCGCUUAUCAAUUCACCAUGCCCGAGGACCGUCAGAAUGAGCC